AUGGCUCCGCUAUACAAGCGGUACAUACCCGCCAAAUCAAGUACAGAGAAGCCGACGACGCCGAUAAAGCCUGUCGAUGUUGGUGCGACCGAGCCUGCGACGACCACAGCAGAAAACAAACGCAAGCGAGAGCGAACGCAAGAAGAGGUCUUAGAGAGGAAAGCUAAGAAGCUGAAGAAGAAGGGCAUCGAUCCCGAGACUGUCUUUGUUGAGAGAAUCGUCGAUCAGAAUACCAUCAAGAGUCAGGAUGCUAGCCUGUCAGGAGCGCAGACUGGAGUGGUUGAAACAAGUCAAGAGCAGCGCCUGCCGAUGAAGAAGCGCCACAAAUUAGAGAAAGAAGCCAGGAAGGCACGAAAAGCGGCGGAGAAGGGCAACGGGGCCGGUGAAGAGCUUGUGGGAGCGCAAAAGAUUCCUUCAUCGGUCGAUGAUGAACAUCCAAGCAACGAGUCGCGAGUCGUUGCCAACGGAGUAGAGUCUGUACUCGAAACUGGCAAACAGCUUUCCCAUGGUGGCGAAGAUCUUGCAGCAAACGAGACGGAAGGCAAGGCGAAACGUAAGAAGCGCCGGAAAGAAGACAAAGCGUAUGAAGCCCAGGAACAACAAGACCCCGGUGCUACGGAUGGCCAGGAUCUCGAACUUGUAGACGCAACCACAAUAUCAGAAAAUCCUUCUGAAGAGACUCCCAAGGCGAAGAAACGACGACAUAAGCUAGAACAUGUCCUUGAAGCAUCUGACACGAAGGACCCGAAUGCUGAAGACGACGAACACCUCCGAAAACAUACAUUGGUUCUGGGGAAAUUCCAAAAGUCAGCACAGCGAGCAAUACGGCAUCAGCAAGAAGAAUCCUUCGAGAAGUUGGCCGAGCAGCAGGUGGUUCAAAACCUGGAGGUACCACCACCAGAGAGAACGCCCACACCCGAGUUCGAGUCUGAAGACGCAGCUCUACCAGCAUGGCUCGCAAAGCCCACGAUGAUUUCUGGACAUAAAAAGGCGACAUUUAGAGACCUGAAUAUCGAGGCAGCAACAGCUGAUCGUCUUACGAAGCUUGGAUUUGCAGAAGCUUUGCCAGUGCAGCAGGCUUUGGCGCCCGUGCUCUUACCGCCAGGCAUUCCAGGUGCUAUUCAUCCGCCCGGGACAGAUCAUGUGCUUCCAGAUGUGGCGGUCAGCGCGCCAACCGGGAGCGGCAAGACGAUCGCCUAUCUUCUGCCCAUGGUCCAAGCGCUACGGUACCAACGUCAGCGUGGAAAGCUAAGUGCAUUGGUCGUUGUUCCAACCCGAGAACUGGUAAUGCAGGUGGCAGCCGUCGCAGAAAGCUUAGUCAAAGGAAGCUCCAUUAAGGUCGGAAUGGCCACAGGCACAGGCAAGUUCAAGGAUGAGCAAGAAAAGAUCAUCACUCGCAGUGCACAGUAUGACCCUGCCGGCUACAAGCAGCUUGUGGACGAGGCAAAGGCCCAGAUACAUCCCCCUGAUGAAGAUGCUGAGGAAUUCGAAUUCUACCUUGACCAAAGCGGGCAAGAAGACAAGAAGCGGCAACAGUGGAUACAAGAGGCAGUGAGUGGACUUGUCGAUCACGUUCCGAAGUAUAGUUCUGCGGUCGACAUUUUAGUUGCCACUCCUGGACGACUUCUGGAGCACAUUCACAACACUCUUGGUUUCAACCUUGUCCACUUGCAGUGGUUGGUCCUUGAUGAGGCUGACAAGUUGCUGGACAACCAGAACGAAGGUUUUCUUGAAUCUCUGAAUGCGGAGCUCACAAGAUCAAGAAGCGAUGAAGAACGCGAUGCACGGGAGAAAUACUUGCGCUCGCAGAGCUUUUGGCAAGAGCACAAGGAGCGACGAUUGAGGAAGGUCGUUUUGUCCGCCACCAUGACAAGAGACAUCUCGAAGCUUACGUCACUCAAUCUCCGGCGUCCCAAGAUGAUCGUUGUUCGCGGUGGCGACAGCAAUGAAGGUCAAGCUGAGGAAGGCGCACAUGGUGAGAGUAGUGUCAAAGAAAGCGCUGAUGGGUUCGAACUUCCGCCCACUCUAGUUGAGUACUGUGUGCCGGUCGGAGACGGAACUGAGAAGCCUCUCGUGGCCGUGGAGCUGCUCAAGUCCAGGAUCUUUGGCAAUAGCCACGAGCACGAUGUGAAGGGGUUGGAAAAGGACAAUGCUGGAGACAAGGCUGAAAGCUCUGAUUCUGACUCCGAUUCCGACUCUGAAGACUCUGAUUCCGACGAUAGCUCGAGUUUGUCGUCCGACGACAGCGACUCCUCAAGCUCUGCUUCAGAAUCUGAAGAAUCUGAAGAAUCUGAAGACGAUGACGACUCCGCCGCGCAGCAACACCAACAAUCGCCAGUUCCAGACCGCACUCUCCUCAAGGAACCCACCGAGUCAAGCACGCAGCCACCUCGCGCCCCCACAGUGCUCAUCUUCACCUCCAGCAACGAGUCCGCGGCUCGUCUCUCCCACCUGCUCCAAAACCUGCAGCCCUCAUGGAAACACCAAAUCACCACCCUCGUCAAGGCCAACCCAGGCAAAGCCCGCAUCCGCUCCAAGGCAGACGAAGCCGCAAUCGCCAUCUCAACAGACCGAGCCGCUCGUGGGUUGGAUUCCUUCAACAACCGACCCAUCACCCACGUCAUCCAGUACGAUGUCCCUCGCACUCUCACGAGCUACGUGCACCGUGUGGGCAGGACUGCCAGAGCUGGUCGGGAGGGUGAUGCUUGGACGUUGUAUACGCAUGCCGAGGCGAGGUGGUUCGUCAAUGAGGUUGCGAAGGCGAAGAAUGUCAGUAGACGUACGUCUGUGGAGAAAGUGAAGCUUUUCAUGGCAGACGAUGGCACGAGAGAGCGGUAUCAGACUGUUCUUGCGGGAAUGAGGGAUGAGGUCUUUGGCGGUGCGACCUGA